UGAACUCGUCGCAAUCAAUUCCGCUCAAUCUCUCCUGUUACUCAGUUAUCUCAUUAUAAUAGCAAUUCAAUAUGCAGACGAUUUCGUGUAUUUCAGUUUUACUAUUUCUUGCUGUUGGAAGUGUUUUGUGUGAUCUCGCACCUGAAUUGCAAGCAAUUUUAAAGAAACGACAAGAAGAAUGUUUAGCCAGCAAUCCUGUCGACAAAAGCGUUUUAGAUGAAGCCCGAAGUGGAAAGUUCGCCGACGACAUUAAAUUGAAAAACUACAUAUUUUGCAAUUUGUACAAAGGAUCGUUUCUCACUGAGGAAGGCGCUUUACGACCACAGAUUGCUCAAAUUAAACUAACUCUAGCUUUCGGUAAGGAAAAGGCCGAAAGUCUCGUAGAAAAGUGCAAACCUACACCCAAGGAUGACAAACUCGAUGUUGCUUUCGACCUCCUCAAGUGUAUUUAUAAUGAUACAAACGAAUCUAUUAUUUAGAAUAAACAUUUUAUAAACUG